AUGGCUUUCACCUCUCUCACUUUCAUCCUCUUAAGUUCAUUCUGCUUCAUUCUUCAGGCCCAGGCCCAGGCCCAAGCCCCGGCGCCUUCCUCCGGCGAUGUCAACCUUACUGCCAUCCUCGUUAAAGGUGGCCAGUUCACAACCCUAAUCAAACUCCUCCAAGACACGCAACAACUAACCCAAAUCCAGAGUCAACUCAACUCAACCUCGCAAGGGUUCACGGUUUUCGCGCCCACCGACAACGCUUUCCAGAACCUCAAGUCUGGGGCUCUCAACGGUCUCGGAGAAGAGCAGAAAGUGCAGCUCAUUCUCUACCAUGUCACUCCCAAGUACUACUCUCUCUCCGAUCUCUUGACCGUGAGCAACCCCGUCAGGACGCAAGCCUCCGGCAGAGAAGGCUCCUGGGGGCUCAACUUCACCGGCCAAGGGAACCAGGUGAACGUGUCCACCGGCAUCGUGGAGACGCAGCUCAACAACGCGCUCAGACAGCAGUUUCCCCUCGCGGUUUACCAGGUCGACAAGGUUCUGUUGCCGGAGGAGCUCUUCGGAGCGAAGUCCCCCGCGGCGGCUCCGUCUCCGAAGUCUGCCAAGAGCAGCCCUGAAAUUCCGAGCGUUGGGAAGACCGGCGGCGCUCCUUCUCCCUCCGGUAAUGGUGCGGCAGAGAGGAAUGUGGGAUUGGGAGUUAUCGUUGGAAUUGGAUUGAUCUGCAUGGGAGCUCUCUUUUGA